CGUAAAUCGCCCGUUUCGCGGUUACUAUGACGAAAAAAUUGAAAAAAGUUCGUUGAUGUCAUUGUUUUCCUAAUUUAUAACAUUUUUAUUUAUUUAUUCGUGUAUUGUUAUCCUCAAAAUGUCGACAUUCGAUCUUAAUUCGAUUAAUUCAGCGCUUUCUGACUCUGGCAGGCCAAUAAAUGGUGUGGAUUUUUCUGGAAAAUCAUUAAAACUUGACAAUGCAAACGAUGCACAACCAGUUGUGGAUGCAAUCAAUGGCUGCGCAGACCUCCAGUACCUCACACUUACGGGCAACACCCUCGGGGUGUCAGCAGCUGAGGCUAUUGCGAAGGCUCUCGAACACCACCCAGAGCUGAAGAUUGCUCGGUUCUCAGACAUGUUCACUGGGAGAAUGAAGACUGAGAUUCCUUUGGCUUUGGCUGCGCUAGGAGAUGGUAUGAUUAAAGCAGGCGCUAGACUGAGCGUUCUAGAUCUGAGUGACAACGCUUUCGGGCCAAUCGGAGUGGAAGGGCUGGCCAAACUCCUGCAAAGUGAUGUCUGCAGCGAAUUGGAGGAGCUUCGACUAAAUAACAACGGAUUGGGUAUAACUGGAGGUCGUUUGUUGGCCAAGGCAUUGGCAGCUAGGCCCCGCAAGCUGAAGAUCUUCAUAGCUGGUCGGAAUAGGCUUGAGAAUGAUGGAGCUACAGCGCUAGCUAAGGUUUUCCAGACUAUGGGUACUCUGGAAGAGUUGUCGAUGCCUCAGAACGGUAUCUACCAUGUCGGUAUCUCGGCGCUGUCACAGGCCUGUCGGCAAAACCGUCGCCUCGCGCGCCUCAACUUAAACGAUAACACUGUCGGAGCUAAGGGAGCCGUCGCCAUCGCCGAAGCGUUACCCAACCUGAAAAAUCUGAAGAGCAUAAACUUUGGUGACUGUUUACUGAAGAGUAAGGGCGCCAGCGCACUCGCGAAGGCUUUCAAAGAAAAUUCAAUAUUAUUAGAGUCUCUGGAUCUCAGUCACAAUGAGAUUGGGAGGGUGGCGUGUAUGGAGGUCGUCGACGCUAUCACAGCGCUACCUGACUCCAGUGAGAGGCUCAGCAGGGUCGUAUUGGCUGGUAAUAGUCUCGGCGGUGCUAGUAAUAAAAAAACGAUGCGGGACAAGCUCGGAGCAUCCGCAGAAUUGAGCGAUGGAGAAGGCAGCGAGGAUGAAUACGUGACAGAUUCAGAAGAAGAAGCCUCCAACUCUGAAAACGAUGGUAACGACGAUGAUGAUGACCAGGACGCGCGCGACUCCGAGGACAGCGCCACUGAGGAUGCACAGCAUCUUGACACCUCCGCCGACUUUGGAAACGCGACGCUUGAUAAUUCAGGGGUACAAGAAGUGGAAUCGGAUGUAGGCAAGUUCCUGGCCCAGCCGACGUUGGAAAAUUUGAACAGACUCGGAGCCAACGCACACGAUGUAAUCGACGCUCAUUUACAGUCAAUAAAGGACCCGUCAUCACUAAUACAGGCCUACGUGGAGGCUACGUUCAGUGUAGCAGGCCUGUCAGAGCAGAGCCCCCUAGCGAGCGACGUCGCGAACAAAAUGUUCCCCAUACUUGUCAAACGCGCCGGGGAACAACACGCCGCCGCUUGGAUACUCGCUAACACUGUUCUAAGCGCGUUGGGAUUAAUUAAAUCUGAAGACAAAACACGGCGCAUAAGAUGGGCUCUUGGGCCUUGUUAUACCAGCCUCUCCAGAGCAAUAGACGCGCCAUACUUCCCGACAGCCCUAAGGGAUACCAUUCGCUUCUUUGCCAGCAGUAAAAAAAAUACUAUACCAUUCGCUGAGAGUUUGUGUCGAUAAUUUUCAUUUAAAAAGUGUUGUUUAGAAUCACCCGCAAUUCACUACGCAAGACUUUAGGUAUAUAUAUCAAAUGAUAUUUAGUACCUUAAAAUUGAAGUACAAUCUGCUAAUGAAACACUUUUAGUUUUACUACAAGAAUGGUCCAUUCUUACAGAUCCC